GCGUCGUCCGUGUCACUUCGACACAGUAGUGUUGUGUGUACAGGUGCGAGACGAAGACAGAAAGCUGCGUCGACUCCUUUUUAUAUAAACGUCAACUUUCACUUCGCCGUGUUUUAUCGACCCGUUCCGGGGGGGAUUUUUUCACGGACUCCACACCGUCCCUGCAUCGGACAUAGUCCUCACCAGCGCCGGCAUGCCGUCGAUGCGACACUCGUACACGGUGACGGUGCCGGAGGAACCGGCCGCGUUCCCGCUGGACAACCCCAACCUGCGGCGCAGGAGUGCGCCGUUCUCCCGCUCCAUGCUGGUGUCCACCUUCAUGGGGCUGAUCAUCAACCAGGCCAAGCAGAACAAGAGUCCUCAGGGAUUGGUGGGUUUGAGAAACCUGGGAAACACGUGUUUCAUGAACUCCAUCCUGCAGUGUCUGAGUAACACCUUGGAGCUGAGGGACUACUGCCUGAGAAACAUCCACCGCUCAGACCUCAACAACAACUCCAGGACCAACGUGGCCCUCAUGGAGGAGUUUGCAAAGCUGACUCAGAGUCUGUGGACCUCCGUGAACAUCGAGGCCAUCAGUCCCUCGGACUUCAGGAGCCAGAUCCAGAGAUUCGCUCCGAAAUUUGUUGGUUGCAAUCAGCAGGACGCCCAGGAGUUUCUGCGUUUCUUAUUGGACGGCCUGCACAACGAGGUGAACAGGGUGACGAUGCGCCGGAGUGUUUCCGCCGAGGACUUUGACCACCUCUCGGAUGAUGAGAAAGGCAAACGGAUGUGGAACAUGUACUUGGAGAGAGAGGACAGUAAAGUCGUCGACCUCUUCGUGGGACAGCUGAAGAGCUCUCUGACCUGCACCGUUUGCGGCUUCCGCUCCACCGUGUUCGACCCGUUCUGGGAUCUGUCUAUCCCUGUUGCACAGAAAAGCUCGAGCGAGGUGACUCUCAGAGACUGCUUGAGACUCUUCACAAAAGAAGACGUGUUGGAUGGAGACGAGAGGCCGACGUGCAACAGAUGCAAGGCCAGGAGAAAAUGCACCAAGAGGUUCAGCAUUCAGAAGUUCCCUCAGAUUCUCGUGCUCCACCUGAAGCGCUUCUCAGACUCGAACGUCCGAGCCAGCAAACUCUGCACGUUUGUCAACUUUCCUGUGAAAGAUCUGGACAUGCGGGAGUUUUCAGCCGAGGCGGGAGAGCACCCGGUGUAUAACCUGUACGCCGUGUCCAACCACGUGGGCAGCACCCUGGGAGGCCAUUACACGGCCUACUGCAGGAACCCGGCCCUGGGGGAGUGGUACCACUACAAUGACUCCAGGGUGAGCCCCAUCUCCUCCAGCCAGGUCCGCAGCAGCAACGCCUACGUCCUCUUCUACGAGCUGGCCCCCUCCUCACACAGCAAAUACCAGACAUGCCGCCUCUAGGCCCUGCGGAGCGGCGACCAGCAAAACUCAUCCUGACUCAACGGGAGGCCAGGCGCCGCCAGCGGGGAGAGGGCGCCACCUAGCGGAGGGGGAGAGUCCUGCGUACGAGGCACAGGGACGCGAGGAUGAAGAAAGACUCUUGACUUGCGUCUGAGUGAAUUUUCUUUUUUAAAAAGGCGUACCUGUUCUUCAGGAUUUCAGCCGCUUCCACCCUCGGGAAACAGCAGGGGGCCGGGCCGGCGGUGGCCGUCCACGGACACGUUUAGGCCUUCACCUUGGGGUGCUCGGCGCUGGAUCAGCAGCUUUGAGGACACAAACUCAAGGACACGAGGAUUCUGCUCACACCAACAGCCACAUAAUUUAUUCUAUUUAAUAUCAACAUUGUAUCAGCAGCUGCAAGUCCACAUUAUUUAUAUAUAUAUACAUAUAUGUAUAUGUAUAUAUGUAUAUAUGUGUCACUUAAAAGCUUUUGGGCUCCGCCUACAAUGUUUUCUGUUGUCCUUCGUCAAAACAACCUUUUAUUUUUGUACAGUAUUUAAGGAUGACAGCGACUGAACUGUGGAACAAACCGAGGCAGCCGUGUGGAUGCGUGUGGACGCCGCACGGUCCUGAUGUCACGUCUGAGGCAUUUCAGCGUGUAUGAAUUAUUAAAGUUUAUCACUAACUUGCA